UCCGAUUCUCUCUUCCAAAUUCAAUAUUAUGCUACCUGUUCAAAAACUCGUAGAAAUUUCUAUAUCCGGUGCUCCUCCCCGCCCCCGGUGAAAGUGACAAAAACUCCCACUUAAAACACAAUAAUCAAAUUCAAAUCCUGUUAAUUCUUUAUUUAGAAAUGGAUUUUUCUUCUUCGUUUAAAAAUUCAUUGAAAUCCCAUGGUUCAUGUAAGCAUACGCGAAGAAUUUCUGUAGGUAAUGCCAAAGAAGACAUGAACGCCGAGCAACAGCCUAUUCUUUCCGAUCAUCGACGGGAUUCAUCCUCCGCCGCCGCCGUAGACAGCCACCAUCUGUCUCGAUCGUCUCUCGAUUUGGCCGACCGCCGGGAAGUCAUAGUGAAAAUCGAUGGCGGAGAUCGAAACGCCAGCGUCACCCCUACCCUCACCCCAAAUAGGCGGGAAUCAAGCUUGGAUUUUUGGAGAGACGAGGGAAACUGCAGCAUGCAAAAAGGAUCAUUCGAUUUCCAACGUGGAGAUGGAGAUGGAAAGGACGUGGUUGAAGAUCCGCCCUCGAAAUUGAUCGGCCAAUUCUUGAAUAAGCAAAGGGCGGCCGGCGGAGAAUUAUUGUUGGAUAUGGAAUUGGAAAUGGAUGAAUUACGACAUGAUCGUCGUAAAACUAGUAGUAUUGAUAAUGUUCCUCGUUUUUCAAUGUCCAAGGAGCUGAAGGUUUCAUUCCAAUCCCCUUCCGUGAAUAACAGUACUAGUAGUAAUAUUGUGAUCGAUGAUAAAAAACAUAGUACAGAUGAGGAUGAAUCUUUUUCCGAAGAAGAAGAUGACGGACAUGAUAAUCAGAAACUUUAUAAUCGAAGGCCACUGUCGAACAUCAAGAUGGAAGGAAGUAUUCAUAAUGGCAUUUGUGACGAUGGACAGGUUUUGAGGUGCACGCCGAUUCAGAGGAGGGCUAGUGUGUUAGGAAGGUUGAAGACUAAGUCGAGGUUGAUGGACCCGCCCAUGGUGCCAGAGAGAAGGUCAGGGAAGAUAAAAUCUGAUCCACUUCGUUCGGGGUUAUUGGGAAGGGUAUCGGGAAUGAUUUCGAAACCAGCAGAGGAAGAAGAGGAUGAUUCAUUAUUUGAUGAAGAUUUUCCUGAUGAGUAUAAGAGGGCAAAGUGUGAUGCACUAACUUUGGCACAAUGGAUUGGUCUUAUUUUGAUUGUGACAUCUUUAUCUUGUACUCUGUCUAUUUCUAAGUGGAAAAGUAAACAACUUAGAGGGCUUAGAUUGUGGAAAUGGGAGGUAUUGGUUCUUGUUUUAAUUUGUGGGAGAUUGGUAUCAGGAUGGGCUAUUAAGAUAGUCGUUUUCUUUAUCGAGAGGAAUUUUUUUAUGCGAAAACGGAUUUUAUAUUUCGUUUAUGGAAUUAGGAAGGCUGUUCAGAAUUGUAUUUGGCUGGGAUUGGUUUUACUUGCUUGGCAUUAUAUGUUUGAUAAGAAAGUUGAAGGGAAUAAUGAGUUCCUUACAUAUGUUAACAAGUUGAUGGUGUGCAUGUUGGUGGGAACAUUGUUAUGGCUAGGGAAAACACUUAUGGUUAAAGUUCUAGCAUCUUCAUUUCAUGUCAGCACUUUUUUUGAUAGAAUUCAGGAAUCACUGUUCAAUCAAUUUGUGAUUGAGAAGUUGUCUGGGCCGCCUUUGAUUGAAAGACAGAAUCAAAAGGAGGAAGAAGAGAGGACUGUGGCCGAGAUUUGGCGGCUUCAGAAUGCAGGGGCGACUCUACGCCCUGAACUCAGACCACAUGCUAUUCAGGAUGCUAGGAGUGGUAAUACAAUGGGAGCAGGAGGCGGAGGAGGACUAAGCUUCAAGAUAUCUGGACCGUUGCCUAAGACUAAUCAAGAUGAUCAGGGCAUAUCUAUUGAUCGCUUGCACAAGUUAAAUCCUAAGAAUGUGUCGGCUUGGAAUAUGAAAAGGUUGAUGAAUGUAGCCAAGAAUGGGGUUCUUUCUACCUUGGACGAGCAGGUUAUUGAUAGCUCACAAGGCGAAGAGGCUUCUACCCAGAUUGGAAGUGAAAGAGAGGCCAAAUGUUCAGCAAGGAAGAUAUUCAGGAAUGUUGCUCAACCUAGGGCCAAAUUCAUCUACCUUGAGGACUUAAUGCGUUUCUUGCGAGAAGAGGAGGCUUUGAAAACCAUGAACCUUGUGGAAGGAUCACCUGAAAGUGAAAAAAUCAGCAAAGGAUGCCUGAAGAACUGGGUGGUUAAUGCAUUCAGAGAACGAAGAGCUCUUGCCUUGACACUUAAUGAUACAAAAACAGCUGUCAAAAAACUUCACCAAAUGGUGAAUGUGAUAGUUGGUAUCGUCAUCUUGAUCAUUUGUCUAGUAAUACUAGAAAUUGCAACGAGCAAGUUUCUGCUCUUUUUAAGCUCUCAAAUAGUCGUUGUGGCAUUUAUAUUCGGUAAUACAUGCAAGACAGUAUUUGAAGCUAUCAUAUUUGUAUUUGUAAUGCAUCCUUUUGAUGUGGGUGAUCGAUGUGAGGUGGAAGGAGUUCAGAUGAUUGUCGAAGAAAUGAACAUCUUAACUACCCUUUUUUUGAGAUUCGACAAUCUGAAGGUAUUAUAUCCAAACAGUACCCUUGCAACCAAACCUAUCAGUAACUUCUAUCGCAGUCCUGAUAUGGGUGAUUCCAUUGAUUUCUAUGUGCAUAUUGCUACACCAGCAGAGAAAAUUGCUAUCAUGAAGCAGAGAGUAGUGAAUUAUAUUGAGAAUAAGAAAGAUUAUUGGUACCCAUCACCGUCAGUUGUGUUGAUGAAUAUUGAAGAUUUGAACAAAUUGAGACUCUGUGUAUGGAUAAGACACAGAAUGAACCACCAAGAUAUGGGGGAAAAGUGGCAAAGGCGAGCCCUUUUGGUUGACGAAAUGGUUAAAAUUUUCAAAGAACUAGACAUUGAGUAUCGUUUGUACCCUCUCGACAUCAACAUUCGUGCAAUGCCUCCUAUGAACUCCACCAGACAUCCUUCAACACCAGAAUCCAAGCAAUUGAAUUGAAAUUGUUGAUGAAUGCCGCUGUUAAGAGUAUGUUUGCCGGGAUAUAAUAAGAUUUUAGUUUCGUUUUCUUCUCUUGUGCAAUACUGUACAAUCCACUCUGUGAACCGAACCAUUGAGGUUCUAUUUUGCACAAUCCCUUCUGCCUUUGAAGGCUGCAGCAUAUGUGAGAGUUUGUAAAUUGACGAAACAAGGGAGAUUUUUCCUUUCCUCCUAUCUACAAGUUGAUGAUUUUGCAUUGCA